CGAACGGGUAUGAAUUCUCACACCAUAGCUUUGAGAAGGUCCUUCGAUAGACACACUAUCGUGCAGCAUGGCUGUCAUCGAUAUGCUCCUUUGCCCUCCUCUUGACGGCACAGUCUCUGUACUCCCCGGCUUCUUGGAUUUUCAUGCGCACUACAAUCCCACUGUCUCGUUGUUUGAGUUGGUGUCUGACGACGAGCACAACGACGAUGCGACAAUUAGUUUCCAGCAAUUCGCUCACGCCACGCACCGGAUCGCCCAUAUCUUCCACCCACUUCGGCCUAGCUCUGGCCGGAUUGUGGUUGCUCUGUUGAUCAGCAGUGAUGGUCUCCUUCAUCAUGCUCUGUUGGUGGGCUUGAUUCGUGCUGGUAUCAUCCCAUUUCCCAUGAUGCCGCGCAACUCGGCUCCUGCCAUUAUCAGCAUGCUCGAGCGGACUGAUUGCCAUCACAUCAUCUCCCAACCCGCUUUUGCACCCCUCAUCGCUGCCAUUCGAUCGACAAACACUGAUUAUAUCAUCCACCUCCACGACCUGCCAGCGAUCUCAGCUAUCUUUCCGGAGCUUAUUCAAAAAGCUAAUGCUACGGUUCCCGAACCAUACCCAUUAUCUCAACUUGCAGUUGCUCCCUUGGACAUUGUAUUCUAUCUGCAUUCGUCUGGAUCGACAGGCCUUCCCAAACCGAUACCUCUGUCUCAAAGGGACAUUCUUUCCUGGUGUUGUAGUUCGUCUCACAUAGAUGCUCGAGAUCAUGGGCUGCAUUGGGGUGCUAUGUCGCUCCCAGCCUUCCACAUGCUUGGAAUCAUCAUUGGACUUUUCACGCCCCUGAUGUCCGGCCGGAGCUCUGCCCUGUUUCUUCCCCGUGCUCAUCGGUCGCUGCCGCCGGUGAUCCCAACUCCGGAAAAUACCAUCACAGCAGCACGCCAUGCACAUAUUGAUAUUCUAAUGGUCGUUCCUACAUUUCUCGAAGCUUGGGCCAAAGAUGAUGGGAGCGUGCGAUAUUUGUCCUCACUAUCUGCAGUGACGUUUAGCGGUGGUCCUGUAAGCAACGCAUCUGGUACACGACUCGCGGCUGCAGGCGUUAAUCUGUAUUCCAUCUACGGGGGCACGGAAUUUGGCGCGCCUGUGCGUAUCUUCGACUUAGAUGAUGAUCCCCACAACAUAAGAGACGCCAAGAAGAAGACGCGCUUGGAUUGGAACUACAUGCAAUUUUACGAGAAGUGCAUGCCGCGCUGGGUGCCCGAGGUUAACGGCCUGUACGAGUUGCAACUGCUGUCUUGUCCAGGACAUUCAUUAAGCGUGGAGAACCUGCCGAAUGGCGAAUGUGGUUAUGCUACAUCUGAUCUAUGGGAGCCACAUCCUUCAAAGCCGGGACUUUGGCGGAUUGUUGGUCGUAAGGAUGAUAUCAUCGUGCUCAGCACAGGAGAGAAGGUCUCGGCAGAGCAAGAACGCACUAUUUGUUCCAGCCCAAUGGUGGGUGGAGCCCUCAUGUUUGGCAGGGGCCAUGCGCACCUCGGGGUGCUUGUAGAGCCUCACCCGAGCGAAGUGGUUGUUCCUCAGGACGAAUCGGCGCUUGCAAAAUUGCGGAAUGCCCUAUGGCCGUACGUAGAAGAGGCGAAUCGCAUGAUGCCAGCGUUCGCUCGCAUUUACAAGGAGAUGAUUUUGGUGACUGAUCCUUCUCGUCCCCUCGUCCGUGCCGGGAAGGGAACAGUUAUACGCGCACCAUCGCUUGCGCUCUACGAAACAGAGAUUGAAGCGCUGUAUAAAGCUGUGGAGGAAAGUUCAAAUCUCAUAGACGUUGAGUCACCUCGCUCGUGGACGGAAUCAGAAGUUGCAGAGUGGUUGGCCAUCCAAGCGACAUCGGUAAACAACCAUCACACGGUCACGAAGUCCAAAGACCUUUUCGAGCAAGGAUUUGAUAGUCUCAGUGCAACGCUCCUUCGUAACAGAAUCAUAGGCGCACUGAGUGCGUCAUCCGAUGUUGCUGCAAAUACCGCCUCCCGUGAGAUCCACUCCGAUUUCGUUUUUUCUUACCCUACGAUAGGCGAACUCGCUGCUGCAAUUUCCAAUCUAGUAAACCCGGGGAGUCCAACACGGCUAGCCGUAAAAUCUCCAGUGCAACACAUGACCAUGUUGAUACAGAAACACGCUGCUGAUUUGACACCGGCACCAAACCUCGACGACGUUGAUGGUGCAGGCCGUAGGAUAAUUAUGAUUACAGGAACGACGGGUACCCUGGGUGCACAUGUUCUUGCUGCAUCUCUUGUGGAUGAGCGUGUGGCUCGGAUAAUUGCGGUCAAUCGUGGCUCAUCGCUGCUUGAACGGCAUAGGAAGGCCUUCGAGGCUGCAAGGCUUCCCCUCGAUAUUCUCUCAAACAAAAAGCUCUCCUUUUUGGGUUGCGACUUUGAUCAAGACGACCUUGGAUUGGACUGCGCUACAGUGAAGGAGCUUCGUUCAACUGUGACACAUGUUGUGCAUUCCGCGUGGCGGCUGGACUUCAACCUGAGCCUUUCUUCUUUCGAAGGGCAUAUCAGUGCUGUGGUGCGGCUCAUGAAGACGCUCCCCAGAGCGCACUUAAUCUUCACAUCCUCUGUCUCCGCCGUGCAGUCAUGGAACAUUUCGGAACAAGGGCUGUCUGUACCAGAAGUGCCGAUCGAGGACCCGACAGUCGCUAUAGGGACUGGAUAUGGGAUGUCCAAAUAUGUGGUGGAACAAAUACUUUCCAAGGCAAGCAACAUUGGAUGGCACACCACUACUGUUCGCAUUGGGCAAAUAUGCGGCUCAGUUGAGACCGGUGCAUGGAAAUCAUCAGAGUGGGUGCCAAGUCUCCUGAAAUCCAGCAUUGCAUUAGGCUGCCUGCCCAUAAUGGAAGGGACGGUGUCAUGGAUCCCAAUGCCAGCAGUUGCGCUUAGCGUCAUAGACGUCGUGAUGACAGAGAAAUAUCCUGUGCUGGUCAACUUGUCUCAUCCGCGUCCAACUCCGUCACACGAUGUGUUCCAUGCCUUCAACUCUGCUCUCGGUCUCGGACUACCCUUCGUAUCCAUGGAACGAUGGGUGUUGAAGCUCGAACAGUUCGCAAAACGUCCAUCUGCGAAGGAUAUUUCUGACAUGCCUGGCAUCAAGCUGCUUGACUUUUUCCGAGCUCUCACAAUGCGAAUGAAACAGACAAAAGAUGCUCAAACGAUCUCAUACGAGAUGGGCGGACUCCCCUUACUCGCAACCUCCGAGGCGUCACAAUUAUGUCCUACUGUUAGGGAUUUGAGACCUCUGUGCCCGGAGUAUGCUACAGCCUGGGUGAAGUUUUGGAGGAACGAGGGCUUCAUUGUAUGACAUUGAUUGGGUAAUCAAAUCCACGGAUCAGACCAGUUGGGAUGUCUGAGGGGUUCUCACAUUCUAUCGGUUGCCGGAAUUGAUGAACAAUGGUAGAACUUCAACCACAUGCUCGCGCGGUACGGAUUCGCGAACCCACGUUGAAUUGCCUUCUAUCGUGUAUCAGAGAAUCGUAGGUGCCGU